AUGAAGGAAGGAGAGGUGAAUGAUGACAAGGCCUAUUUCCGCACAGAAAACCAGUGUGUCUCUCUGCAUCCCAGAGGCAUGGACUCUGAUGCAGUGGGUCCUGCAGCACCCAAGGUGCGGAGGCUUGCCCAGGCCACCCUGGCAUUUCUGGCUGUGACCAUGGUCUCCUCCCUUGUGGCUGUCUUGGUUGUGGGUUCCUACCAUUUUGUCAGGGUGGCUGAAGUGCAAGAGGCUAUCCAGAUGUUCAAAGGGCAUGUGGAGAACUCCAGCAGCUGGAGUGUGGAAAUCCAGAUGUUGAAGUGCCAUGUGGACAACGUCAUUUCUCAGAUUCAGAUGCUCAGCGGUCACCUGGAAAAUGCCAGUGCUGACAUCCAGAUGGUAAAAGGAGAGCUAACAGAUGCCAACACCUUGAUUAUCCAGACCCAGAUGCUAAAGAGUUCCUUAGAGGGAGCUGGUUCUGAGAUCCAGAGGCUCAAGGGAGAUCUGGAAAAGGCAAAUGCUCUAAACUCCCAGACCCAGAGUUUCUUAAAAAGUAGUUCAGAAAGCACCAGCAGUGAGCUCCACAUGCUAAGCAGAGGUUUAGAAAAUGCCAGCACUGACAUUCAGAUGUUAAAAGCAGGCUUGGAAAUGGCAAAUGCCCAGGCCCUAUUGGUAAAUAGUAGUUUAAAGAAUGCUAGUGCUCAGAUCUACCUUUUGAGAGGCAAUCUGAAUAGUGUCAACAUUUUAAGGACCCAGACACAGGCUUUAAGAAGUAGUUUGGAAGAGGCCAGUGCUGAGAUCCAGAAGCUUAAGGGAGGUCUGCAAAAUGCAAGUGCUGCAAAUUCCCAGACUGAGACUUUCAUAAGAGGCAGCUUAGAGAAGAUCAGUGCUGAGAUCCAGUUGCUAAAAGGUCAUUUAGAAAGGGCUGGUGAUGAAAUGCAUUCAUUAAAAACAGAUUUGGAAAAGGCCACGGUCCAGAGCCAAAUGAUAAACAACACUCUGGGGCAGACGAAUGCUCAGGUUCAGGUAUUAAAAGUAGAGCUGAAAGUCGCCAAUACCUUAAAUUCUCAGAUCCAAGUGUUAAAUGGUCACUUGAAAAAUGCCAGCAGUGAGAUACAGACCCUAAAACAAGGAAUGAAGGACACUGUGGCCUUAAAAGCCCAGAACUGGACCCUAGGAAACAGCCUGCAGAAGGCCAGUGCUGAGAUCCAGAGGAUAAAACGUGACUUAGAGGACACCAAAACUCUCAUUGCCAAAAUCCAGGGGGAGAAGAGCCACCUGCAGAUGCUCCAUGCAGCCUCUGCUUUGCAGGAGCAGCUGCAAAAGACCCAAAAUCAACUUCUCCAGCUGAUCCUGCAAGGCUGGGUGGUCUACAGAAGUAGCUUGUAUUACUUUUCUCAUGACAAGAAGUCUUGGAACGAGGCUGAGCAGUUCUGUGUGUCCCAGGGAGCCCACCUAGCAUCGGUGACGUCUGAGGAAGAGCAGGCCUUUCUGACAAAGACCACAAGCACCUCUUACCACUGGAUUGGCCUCACUGACAGGGGCAUGGAGGGCUCCUGGCGCUGGGUGGAUGGGACGCCCUUCAAUGCUGCCCAGAGCAGAGCGUGA